CACUGUCCCUGACAGGGAGGGAAGACGCUGACCAGGAGCUUCAGCUGGUAGUAGUCAUUCAUCAGCCUUUGGAUUUGACUCCAACGACUCCACAGCACCGAGGUUUCUGCCGGUCUCAAAAUGUUGGGAUCCGUGACCAAAAAUCUGCAAGACUACCUUGUGGAGCGGAAGAGUCGCAGGACCAGACUGGUGACCAAAGAUGGGCGCUGCAACAUAGAAUAUGGCAACAUCAAGUACAGCAAACAUUUUGCCUUCCUGGCAGACUUCUGGACCACCUUUGUGGAGAUCCGCUGGCGCUUUGUUCUCUUUUUCUUCAUCGCCUCCUUCACCCUCAGCUGGUUCAUCUUCGGCCUGCUGUGGUACUGGAUCGCUCGCUCCAAUGGCGACCUGACUUGGCAGAAUCCCUCUUCCAACCACACCGUCUGUGUUGUUGGUGUCUCUGGACUCACCACUGCCUUCCUCUACUCCCUGGAGACCCAGACGACCAUCGGCUAUGGUGGGAGAGCGCUGACCCCUCAGUGCCCAGGUGCUGUGGCCCUCCUGAUUAUCCAGUCCCUUAUCGGGGCCAUCAUCAACUGCUUCAUGUGCGGCAUCAUACUCUCCAAAAUCUCUUUGCCCAAAAAGAGAGCGAAGACCAUCACAUUCAGUGACAUGGCCGUCAUCAGCCCGAAGAACGGAACGCUCUGCUUGUCAAUACGGGUCGCAAAUCUUCGUAAAACUCUGAUGAUCGGAAGCCAGAUCUACGGGAAGCUUCUGAGGACCACAAACACUCCAGAUGGCGAGACCAUCAUCAUGGACCAGGUGAAUAUUGACUUUGUGGUGGACGCAGGAAAGGACAACCUUUUCUUCGUGUGUCCUCUCACGCUGUACCAUAUCAUCGACAAGAGCAGUCCGUUCUUCGACAUGGCGGUCGACACGCUCCCCAAGAAAGAGUUUGAGUUGGUGGUUUUCCUGGACGGGACAGCAGAGUCCACCAGCUCGUCCUGCCAGGUCAGGACCUCCUUCAUACCCCAGGAGAUCAUGUGGGGCUACAACUUCUUGCCCAUCAUCUCCAGGAGCAAAGAGGGCAAGUAUAGGGUGGACUUCUCCAAUUUCUCCAAGGUGGUCCCUGUGGCCACCGCCCACUGCGCCUACUGCUUUCACAACAUCAAGGGUCACCAUCACCACUCCAGAGAUGGACGGGACAACCAGGGUUUUGAAGUCAUCGACAUCCACGACCCCGAUAACAGCACCAAGAUGUGACUCAAGACUUGAACCAAACAACACAUAGCACGUUGUGUAGCAUUUAUAGACAAGUCAAGAAAUCCCACUCAUUUGUUAUUCUUUUGUGUGGAGCACAGAUAAGAGCACUGCCCAGGGGCAGCUGAUGUGAACUCUUUGUAUUGUUCAGCCACACCUCUUACUGUCUGCAAACACAAAACCUGAUUUUUUUUUUUUUUUCCUGUCGUAAGACCAGUUCAGGUAACAAUGGGAAGGCGCAAUCCAAGAGCCAAUAAUUGUACAGUAAUACAUAUUGUAAAUAAGAGGUUAGAACUUUUGCACAAAAGGUCAAAUGAAUAUGGGAAGACAGAAGGGUCGAUUGAAUGUAUUAACCUGUGUAUAAAUUUGAUCAGGGAUGACUCCAGAGGAAACUGCGAGUAUUCAUGAGGGGAAAAAACUACUUGACUCCAAGUAGUAUGCCAAACUAUUUAACUAUGAAGUACUUGUAGAACUGAAAGGUGACUGUGUUGUUUUCUUUUGGUUUUAACCAGGAAACUUAUUUUGCCUGUUUUAUAAUUGUUUUGUAUUUGAC